CUUUUUUCGUGUACUCGAGGGCUGUUGUGUCUGUUGAAGAUGCUUUGCGCAGAUCUGACGACUCCGGCGCACAAUCUCUGACAUCAUCAAGAGUCAUCACGGUCAACAUUUUCAUUAAAACCUCAGUGCUCUAACGUUGCCACAGGACCUCACUUGUCAUAUUGGCCGGUCUUUGUAAUUGUUGAAAUACUGACGAUAAUUCCACUGGAAGUUUUCUGGACACAAAACAUGACUUCGGAUCAGCCAAUUCUACUCGCUGCAGUGUCGUUAUUGUCUGCUCUUCACAUGGGUUUUCUGGCAAGGCGUGUGGGCUGGUCUAGGAUGAAGCAUAAAGUCAUGCCACCUUCUGUUACUGGACCCCCUGAGUUUGAAAGGACAUUUCGUGCCCAUCAGAAUAGUGUUGAGUUUUACCCCAUCUUCUUGGUGGUAUUGUGGAUCUCUGGUAUUUUUUGCAAUGAAGUAUUUGCAGCUCUUGGUGGACUUCUGUAUAUUGUGGCAAGAGAGAUGUAUUUUAAUGGCUAUAUAAAUGAAUCAAAGAAAAGGUUGCCAGGCUUUUACACGGUGAUUUGUGUUUUGUUAUUCUUAGCUGUGAUGGCUACACUUGGAAUCAUUCAAUCAUUCUUGCAUGAAUAUCUGGACGUCAAACUUCACUAGAGAAAAUUAUAUUAUUUUAACCUUCAGUUACUCUUCUAUCCGUUGCCCUCUUUAACAAUAAACACCAAGCAUUUUUUAUUUUCAAAUAUGUAGAUCAAAGUUUUUUGGGUAAUUUAAGUAUAAUUUUUUUGUCUCAUAUUCUUUUGUAGGAAAUACCAAAAACAUGAAUGUACAGUAUGCAGUUAAUAUACUGUAGUGCAUUAACAACAGUUACCAUCAAUGCAAUUUUCUUUAUUAAAUGCAAUAAUUAUAUUAUAAAGUUACAAAUAGAAAACGGGAAUAAAAAAGUAAGUGUAGUUAGACAUCUGUGUUAUUUCUAGCUACACAAUAAAAACUGAUAUAUAAAUAUGAAA